GCCACGCAAACCCUAGUCGUCGAGCACUUCCUGCUUCCGUCGUUCGCUCGCACGCAGAUCGCCCAACAAUGCCGUUCAAGAGGUACGUCGAGAUCGGAAGAGUGGCGUUGGUCAACUACGGCAAGGACUAUGGAAAGCUUGUCGUAAUUGUUGACGUCAUUGAUCAGAACAGGGCACUGGUGGAUGCUCCAGAUAUGGUUCGAAGCCAGAUGAACUUCAAACGGCUUUCUCUUACUGACAUCAAGAUUGACAUUAAAAGAGUGCCGAAGAAGAAGGCCCUUAUAGCUGCUAUGGAGGCUGCCGAUGUCAAGGGAAAAUGGGAAAAAAGCUCGUGGGGUAGAAAGCUUAUUGUUCAAAAGCGUAGGGCCUCUCUCAAUGACUUUGACAGGUUUAAGCUUAUGCUGGCAAAGAUCAAGCGAGCUGGGCUUGUCAGGCAAGAGCUUGCAAAACUGAAGAAAGAGGGUACUGCAUAAUCUCCAUGAAAUUUGAUUGUGUUUGUCUUUUCAAAAGAUGUAUUUGGUGGUUGAGUACUUCAAGUUUUGGCUAUUGUUAUAAUCUGAACUUAAGCUUUUUGGAUGUUAGAUUCUAAUUUUCUUUCA